AACAUGGCUAGCAAAUUUUUACUAGUGUGUCCCCCUUUGAACCUUACAGAAAUAGAAAUUUCAGGUACACAUGAACAGGUAUCUGUAGCACUUAAAAAAUAGGCAUUGCUUGUGUACUUACGGAGAUGGUGUCCCGUAGCUCUGUCAAUAACUUGCUUGCAUGUACAUGUACAUGCAAGAUACUCAGAGUGUGUACAGACCUCCAGUUACAUGUGCAUGUACUUGGCAUACGACUCUUAUAAAUUUGUAGCUGAAACCAGUUUCUGUCCUGCCAUCAUGUCUCCACGUGUCAUCCUUUGGUCACUUCCCCGUUCUUGCACUACUGCAGUCCUACGGGCAGUCUCCAGUGUUGAUGGGGGAGUAUUUUACUGGGAGCCAUAUGGCUGUGCGAUGUAUUAUGGACCAGAGAGAAGCGAGAAGGAGUUUUUAUCAGUGAGCUCUGCAUCCUCGGUUUCAAUUGCUGAUGCCCCUGGUGCAGACGUGGCCUACGAUUCUUCAGUCAACACGUUUGACUGGGUCAGGCAGACACUGGAAGCCGAGCAUAAGGGUGCCAGUCUUGUGUUUGCCAAAGAUUUUGCAUUUGCUCUGGGAGGGAAGACAGAGCGACUUCCAGUUGGCUAUCAACACACUUUCCUGAUCAGGGAUCCUACCAAAGUCAUCCCGUCCUGGUGGAAAAUGAACCAGGAAUGUCGAGAAUCGUGCCCAGCUGCUGACGAGCAAGAGAUGGAAGAAUGGCAGGAACGUCAGAUUGGCAAGUAUGGUGGCUAUGAUGAUCUCCUAGAACUUUAUGAUUUUGUCAAGGAAAACCUGGAGCCCAAACCUUUUGUGAUGGAUGCUGAUGAUCUGAUGGCCCAGCCAGAGAAAGUGUUGGCUGCAUAUUGCGAGGCCACCGGUAUCCCAUUCAGCAACAAACUGUUGGAUUGGGAAGAUGAUUGGUCAAAGAUGAAUGCCAAGUGGAUCACUUGCCGAGACCAGCUUUGGCUUUGGAAUAACUCCCAUCACACCAAUGUCAGGCAGAGCCGUGGCUUUUUGAAAUCCCACCAAUUACCCAGAGCUGAUGAUACCAAUUCAAGGCUUAUUCUCAACCCAAAGAUCACCCAGCUGAUAGACUGUUGCAAGCCUUAUUAUAAGAAACUUUACCAGCAACGCUUUGCACCCUAAAUUAAGGAGGUUACUAUGCCAUGAGACAUUUUGCUUAGGGAAAACCUUUUUAAUUCCAUAGUAGCUAGUCAUUACAACAGUAAGGUCUUUUAUCCAUAGAUUUCUGUGCCUUUUAACAGUGACAUUGUUACACUAUAAAGGACCUGUUUAUGCAGAAGAUUGGUAAUGGAAUUCCAUGCAGCAAAAAAGUAUCAAACACAAUGGUUUAGAUAUUUCCAUGAAGAAGUGCACAAAAUAAGAGACUGGAAGUUCAAUCAUUCUUCAGAACUGCCAUAUUAGUAAGCAUCACAAAUUAUAUUAAUGUCGCAUUCAUACGUGGGGUGGUGAUACCCUACGGUGGUGGGGUACGCCUGAGUUUUAAGUUGGGGAUUGAUCUCUCUGGUGGUUAAGAUACUCAAAAUAAAACUCAAAAUUGGCACAAGGAAUCACUCUCACCGUAUUUUAGAGUUGAUUCAUUUCUAUUUGAAAUCAAGUUGAGAAAUUUAGUAUUGCCCCAAUAUUAAGAUUGAGAAAAUUUACACAAUUGUGGACACUAAUAAAUGGAGGUUGACAAUAAUAAAAUAAUUGAUAUGGAUUGAUUGACCAGUAAUGGAGAAAGAAGUUUAUGCUGUGAUAAUUGCAAGAGGAAAAAGUGAAGUCAUAAGAUAUGACAGAGCCAAUGGGCAAAGGGAAAAGACUAAAAGAUAUAAAGACAAAAGGCAAAGGACGCUGUGCAACCUGCUCUCUCUACAGAGAUCAGCUGUGUAGAGACCACACAAUGAAUCAAUUCAAGGACAUGUAAUAGACGUUGAGUGCAACAUGAAACAGUCGUUACGCUUUGUGCAUGUGGACAAGUCACAUUGCCAAACUUUCCACAAAACUUUCACAACAACGUGACAAACAAAAUCAGU